AUGAGUGGGAACAAUAUUUUGGGAAAAAUCCCGGAUGAGAUUGGAAAUCUCAUUAAUUUGGAGGUGCUAGACGUAGGGCAUAAUCAACUAUUAGGACCCAUUCCCUUUGAUACUGGAAGGCUUUGGAAGCUAAAUAUAUUUUACGCUUCAAGUAAUUUUCUCUUUGGGACUAUUCCCCAUUCUAUUGGAAAUCUAACAGAGUUAACCAAACUUGUUUUAGAUUUUAACAAUAUUCAAGGCAACAUUCCUUCGAAUCUAGGUAAGUGCCAAAAUUUGCUUUUAUUGGAUCUUUCUUAUAACAAUCUUAGUGGACCAAUACCCCCCGAAAUACUAGGACUAUCUUCAUUGUCCAUUGUACUAAGCUUAUCGUCAAACUCUUUGACUGGUGAACUUCCUGUUGAAGUAGAAAAACUGAAAAAUCUAGGCCUACUGGAUGUUUCUCACAACAGGUUAUCUGGUUUGCUUCCAAACAACCUUGGUAGUUGUGUAAGUCUGGUGGAGCUGUAUUUGGAGGGCAAUUUAUUUGAAGGGCCCAUUCUUCCAUCUUUGAGUUCAUUGAAAGGUCUUGGGGCAUUGGAUGUAUCCAACAAUAAUCUUUCAGGUGGGAUUCCAGAAUUUCUUGUAAGGUUUGGGGCAUUGAAGUAUUUAAAUCUCUCUUUCAACAAUUUUGAAGGAGUUAUACCAAGUGAAGGAGUGCUCAAGAAUACAAGUGCCAUAUUUGUUGAGGGAAAUAAUAAGCUUUGUGGAGGCAUCCUUGAAUUACACUUGUCAAGAUGUAACUCCAAGACAUCAUCAAAAGCUUCUUUUAAAUUGAAAAUUGCAAUUAUUGUUGUGAUUUUAGGAGUGACUUUGGUUUUCAUUUGUCUCCUCGUCUUGUGGUCUAGAAAGAAGAAAGAACAGAAACCAACAACAACUUGUGCAGAACGUUCACUUUUACAAUUAUCAUACCAAAGCAUCCUAAGGGCAACUAGCGGAUUCUGCAUGGAGAAUUUGGUUGGUUCUGGAAGUUUUGGUUCUGUAUAUAAAGGAAUUCUUGAAGAGAGUGGAGUAGCUAUUGCAGUGAAGGUGCUUAAUCUUCUAAAUCAUAGAGCUUCCAAGAGUUUCUUCACAGAAUGCGAGGCCUUGAAGAACAUUCGACAUCGAAAUCUUGUCAAGGUUUUAACAGCCAUUUCAGGUGUCGAUUAUCAAGGCAAUGAUUUUAAAGCCUUGGUUUAUGAGUUUAUGGAAAAUGGAAGCUUGGAGGACUGGUUGCAUCCAUAUGUAAGCAUGAAUGAAUCGGAGAUGACAAGGAACCUGAACUUCUUCCAAAGAGUUAAUAUGGCCAUAGAUGUUGCUCAUGCACUACAAUAUUUGCACAAUCAUUGUGAAACAUCAAUCAUUCAUUGUGACCUGAAGCCAAGCAAUAUUCUGCUUGAUGGAGAAAUGGUUGGACAUAUAGGUGACUUUGGCUUAGCAAAAAUCCUUUCUGCAGACAGGCUUAACUAUUCUUCCAGUCAAUCAAGUUCCCUUGGAUUAAGAGGAACUAUUGGCUAUGCUCCACCAGAAUAUGGCGUGGGAAGUGAGAUGUCGACGAAAGGCGAUGUAUAUAGCUAUGAAUCCUCUUGCUAG